AAGGGGGCGGAGCCUGACUGGACUAGAUAAAGAUGAAAUAAAGAUGGCGGACAAAUAACUUAAGAAGCUCCAGCGGUAUUGUAGUGAAAAGAAAUUCGUUUUUUUUGUCGGUUAAAGGUCGGAGUACACGGCGGAUCGUCGCAGAGAAGUGUAAAAGAGUCGCCAUGUCACAGGAUAAAAUUGGAUACGUCCCGUUCGUGGACAGCGCCUCGCCUCCAGCGCCGCAGGACUAUGCGUACGGGCAGCCGAACCCCGCCGGAUUUGUCCUGCCUCCUCCGGAUUACAGCGUGAUGCCCGGAGCCCCGGGGGCGCCCGGAGCGCCCGGCGGCGUUCCCUUUCCUCCUCCUGGAGCCUUUAUGCAUCCGAUGUACGGUCAGGGUGGCCCCGGAUUUCCCCAGGCGCCCUUUCCACACGCGACUCCCUACAACCCGGCGCCGAAUCCGGCUCCAACUCCGUACCAGUACACUCCGGAUGCAUCCAACGCUUUUUACCAAAGUGACGAGCCUCCUCCGGUGUACGACCACGAGGAGAUCGCCAUCUCGGGGUUCGAUGACAAAACCGUGAGACGAGCGUUCAUCCGCAAGGUCUUCCUCGUCCUCACCGUGCAGCUCGUCGUCACCUUCUCCGUGGUCGCUCUCUUCACCUUCGAGCACAAUGUGAAGACGUUCGUGAGGCAGAACACCUGGACCUACUACGUGUCCUACGUCAUCUUCCUCGUUCCCCUCAUCGCCAUCAGCUGCUGCGGAGAAUUCCGCCGCAAACACCCGUGGAACCUGGUCGCCUUGUCGGUGUUGACCCUGAGCAUGUCGUACAUGACGGGCGUGAUCGCCAGCUUCUACGACACGGACGCCGUCAUCAUGGCCGUCGGCAUCACCGUGGUGGUCUGCUUCACCGUGGUGAUCUUCUCUCUGCAGAGCAAGUACGACUUCACUUCCUGUGCCGGAGUCCUGUUCGUGUGCGUGAUCGUCCUCUUCGUCUUCGGGAUCCUCUGCAUCUUCAUCCGUAACAACAUCCUGCACAUCGUGUACGCCUCGCUGGGCGCGCUCGUCUUCACCUGCUUUUUGGCCGUGGACACGCAGCUGCUCCUGGGGAACAAGAAACUGUCUCUGAGUCCCGAGGAGUACGUGUUCGGAGCGCUGAACCUUUACCUGGACAUCAUCAACAUCUUCCUGUACAUCCUGCAGAUCGUCGGCCGAAGCCGCAACUAACAGGAGGACGAGCUUAAACGCAUUCCUUUUACACCUGCUUUUUGUCUUUAACCUUUAAUUCUAAACUAGCUUGUUUCAUCAACGUAUGUGUAAAAAAAAAUUGAACCUUUAUUAUUAUUAUUAUUAUUAUUAUUAUUAUUAUUGUAGUUGUUGUUGUUGUUGUUGUUAUUACACUACAUACCGAUCCACUUUUGCUCCACAAAGUCAGUCCAGUUUAACUAAUGUUCUAACGUUUAAUGGACGCACAUAGCCGCCAGUUCAGCUUCCCAAAAUGGCGUCUCCUCGACCAGCUUUUGUUGCGUCGUCUCGAUCAAAUCUGAAUUUUUAUUUAAAAAUUUUUCCCCCAUCGGCUCUCGGAUUAUCGUAACCACUUUAUCUCUACUUCUUUAUUUCCGUUUGCAGUGCUGCUCUUCCUGUAAAUACGGAUCUAAACCUCCUCUAGGUCUUUUCGGUUAGGAUGUCGUGAGUCCUGUUAAUGCAGUGAACCGUUAGCCGUAGUGUGUAACAUGAUAUUAAUAGACGGUUAACUACCGUGUGAUUAUCUUCUCUUGUUUCUUUUCUUUUUUUUUGGGAGGUUUUGUUUGUUUGUUUGUUUUUGAAUAACACACAGACUUUUAGUUUUAUUAAAGGUUCUUAAAUCAAUCUUUGAUUAGGUCUCAUUGCUGUAUCUGUAUAGAAUAAUUAGUAGAAAAAAGACACUCUGUAUUUUUCGAUAAAUGUAUGUCUGAUAAGAUGUGGAAUAAAAUCUCUUUUUUUUCCCUCUCA